CUGUCUGAGACAUUACCUAUUGGGUUUAUACUUAUGCUUUAUACCACUGAAUUCCAGAAAAGGGUAGUGGUACAUGUUACAAAAUGAGCUCACCCUCUCGCCAAGACUCUGAUGGUGCCGACAGCGAUGACACAGGGAGGUUACACCAGGCCUUUAUUACUCCACGGGCGAUUCAGGAAGUGAUGUUGCCGAGGAGGAGGAGGAAGAGCAGGAGACGGUUCUGUAUCAGCAACGAUUUCCUUCCUCCUUUGGAGGCUAUAUAUCACAGAAACAGCCACCACAAAACGGAAACACGUGAAGACACAGAUGUUAUUCAUCAAAACGACGAUGGACAAACGAAUAUGUCUCCAUCGCCUCUGCAGGAGCUGUGGCACUGACACAAGGUGAAACGCAAGACUUGACGCAUGCUAUAGCAGAAACAUUCGGCAACGCCAUGUCAUCAGUGAAUACCGAACAGCGAGUAACAAAUAUACUAAUCAACAACCCACAGCUCAACUUGACAAAGAAGACUGAGGUGGCCAAUCUUACCGCACACAAUGUAUCUAUGGGUGGUCAACAGGUGAUCCAGCCAUCAACAUCCAGUGACGGUGCUGAAAGCCAGCAGAAGACACAGAACAGACCAACAAAAACCCCAAAAGACUCCGAAAUACAGAGUAUAACAGAUGCGACAGUUUCAGAAAUCAAUACUUGGACAUCUGGCAUGAUCAAAAUACAGUUCGUUGAUGACAUCGUGAAGAAGAUUGACGCUGGACAAAAAUGGAUCACAGUCACCGGAAAUGGUGGUGAUGGGAAGACAACUGUGGCCUACAUGGUGCUUGAGGAGAUGAUGAAGCAAGGAAAAGAAGUGUUUAGAGUGAAGACAGUAGAGGACUAUUACACUAUUACAAAGAAUACAGACCAAUGUGUCAUCAUGAUGAACGAUGUAAUAGGGGCCUUUGCUCUUGAUAAUCUGGCGUUCAGCACAUGGAAACCUGUCAUAUUCGACGCCAUGGAAAAAAUGUCAAAGUCUGAAGAAUCUGGGCAGCCAUGUGGAGUCAUCUGUGUGUUUGUGCAAAGGUUAAAUAUCUUAAAAGAAGUUGAAUUCAGCCUUGAAAAACAUAAAUCUUCUAUUCUUGGGAGUUAA